AUGGACGACCAGGAUGCCCGAUCCCUUGGAAGCGACGACGAAGACGCAGCCAGCUCCAAAACCCGCGCAUACAACGCCCUACUCCAAUCCUUCCAACAAGAGGCAGACGAGCCCCGUCGUAAACGCAGAAAGAUCGAGGAGGCCCCUCAGGAUGAGAGUGAUGACGAGGAAGAGAGCGAAGCUUCAGACGACGAUUCGGACGAUGCCUCCGACGUUUCGCGAAGUCAAGAAGAUCUUCAACAUGACGAACAAGCAGAGGAGGACGACGGUAGCGACGUUGAAGUGGAACAAGAAGAGCUCGUUGAUGACGAGGAUGAGGAUCCGACUGAUCCUUUUGACCAACACUUCGCCAACCCGGAUAACAAUGACCUUACAAAACGCUUAAAGUCCAUCACAGACAACCAGUGGCAUUCGGAAAAGCUCAAGGUACUCAAGGACGGCAGUCUUACCAUCACGCUCCCCGAAAAUGCGGCUCCAUCAUCACGCAAGCCGCUUAAAUCCGUCUCGCAACUCAACCUAAAACAACGUAUCGGCGAACCGGCAGCGAAGCACAUUGGUACCUUCAGCGAGCUGGGCCAGGCAAUCGCUCCCUCACUAUACGCCUACCAGGAUGUGCUAUGUGGUGCCAGGACGGUGGAUAAUGCUUCUGAGCUCAGGCACAUGGCUGCCCUGCAUGCUCUCAACCAUGUCUACAAGGGACGCGAUCGUGUGCUGAAGAACAACUCUCGUUUGACAGCAGCAGAGGCUGAUGCUGACCUUGAACUGCGUGACCAAGGCUUCACACGACCCAAGGUUCUCGUCCUGCUGGAAACCCGUAGUGCAGCCGCCAAAUACAUUGACGCGCUGAUUGCUCUUUGCGAGCCUGAACAGCAAGAGAACAAGAAGCGUUUCGAAGACGGCUUCGUACUAGACGAGUUGAAGUUUGGAGCUGAAGACGACACACACCCUGCUGACUUCCUCGAGCUGUUCGAGGGAAACGACGACAAUGACUUCCGUUUAGGCAUCAAGUUCACCCGCAAGACCAUCAAGUUCUUCUCCCAAUUUUACGCUUCCGACAUCAUCCUUGCUUCUCCCCUCGGUCUACGUCGUAUCAUCGAGCAUACCGACCCCAAGAAGGCCGACAGUGAUUACCUCUCCUCGAUCGAAAUUUGCAUCGUCGACCAAGCAGACGCAAUGCUCAUGCAAAACUGGGACCACGUAGACUUUGUCUUCCAACAUCUCAAUCUCCAACCCAAAGAUGCACAUGGCUGCGACUUCAGUCGUGUGCGAAACUACUACCUCGACGGCCAAGCAAAACACCUUCGCCAAACCAUCAUCUUCUCGGCAUAUGUAGCCCCUGAGCUCAACCGCCUCUACAAUGCACACAUGCUCAACAUUGCCGGAAAAGCCAAGCUCGCACCCUUCUACCCAGGCGUAAUCGGCGACAUUGAUCUCGAAGGCAUGAAACAGACAUUUUCUCGGUACGACUCCGCCUCACCUCCCGUCGACCCAGACGCCCGCUUCAAGUACUUCAACACAGCCGUCCUACCUUCCCUGCUUCGUGUACCGAAACCCGCAGAAGGUGGUCCUGGCAUCUUGCUUUUCAUCCCCUCAUAUCUCGAUUUUGUACGUGUGAGGAAUUAUUUUGCCAACUCGAAUGAGACGCAACAUAUCUCGUUCGGCGCCAUCAGCGAAUAUACACCAGUACCCGAUCAACGACGUGCACGCAGUCAUUUCCUCUCCGGCCGCCACACUGUACUGCUCUACACUGGCCGCGCACACCACUUCCACAGACUGAGGCUUAAGGGUGUAAGAAGGGUAGUCUUCUACUCACUGCCCGAGAAUCCUAUCUUUUACACCGAAGUGGUCAGGGGCUUUUUGGGCACCAUGGUUGCUGAAGGUAGAUUAGAUCCUACUGAAGCUGCUGUCAGGACCAUUUUUUCGAAAUGGGAUGGCUUGAAAUUGGAGCGUGUUGUGGGAAGUAAGCGUGUUGGCGCCAUGUUGAGGGAUAAAGGUGGUGAUACCUUUGACUUUGUAUGA